AUGAACUCCGCCCAAGAUACGAAGCUCGCAAUCGCUAUGGCCAUUAUCGGCUACCAAUUCGUCGACACCAACUGGCUGUGGGAGUCUCUGCAGGCCGCCGGGUCCCCAGCCCAGGAAAUCGGUAUUCGAUAUGUAAAAGAGGGCAACAAGAUCUUGGCCAUAUAUGGAGAUCGCCUGCUCGGACAGUUCGUUGCGCAUGAAGGCAUCCUCCAGAACACCAUGCAGAGAAGUCGCGAGAUAGACGACCGCAUCAAGUACUGCGUCAACAAUGAGCGUUUGGCUCGAAUCUUCGAUGAAGUUGGUCUCGUGUCUUGCAUCAACCAGAACCCCUCUCAGGGAAUCCACCUCGGGCCCAGGACCAAGUCGGCCACCAUCGAGGCCAUCAUCGGCGCUGUCGCCAUGGACGGCGGACUCCAAGCGGCCCGAGAAGUCGCUCAACACUUGGGAGUCUAUACUCCACAAGAGACCGAACACUAA